AGUCCCCAACCCAACCUACAGGCACUGGGAACUUGCAAGCAGCCAGGGAACGCUGAAAAUAGCACGUCUUUUUCUUUCUUUUUGUUCAAAACUAUUUUCUUUCUUCACCAGAUUUUGUUUUCCUCCCCCCGCUGCAGUUGUUUCCCAUUAGUAACUCGAUCUCUCAGAGCAGUAAGAUUCGCCUUCUACGCCUCUUUUUCCCUCCGCCCGAAUUGUUUGUUUUCUGCACAUCUCCUUCAGGGAGCCGCUGAGGCUUCCCCCCCACUCUUCCCAGUUCUUUUUACUUCCCCUCGGCCCCCCAAGCAGAGCGAUUUCCACUCCAUCUAUUUCUUCUCCUCCUCUCUCUCCUUCUUUCCCUCCAUCCUCGAGCGUCUCUGCGCUCCCACAGCGCAGCCCUCUCGGGUCCCUUGCCUCCUUCACUCGGAUGAGCUGAAAGCCCCGGGCGUGUGUAUAUGGAAAUAGUUGGGUGCCGAGCAGAAGACAACACGUGUCCUUUCCGCCCCCCAGCCAUGCUCUUCCACGGGAUCUCCGGAGGCCACAUCCAAGGCAUCAUGGAGGAGAUGGAGCGCAGAUCCAAGACUGAGGCCCGUCUGGCCAAAGGCGCCCAGCUCAACGGCCGCGACGCGGGUAUGCCCCCGCUCAGCCCGGAGAAGCCCGCCCUGUGCGCCGGCUGCGGGGGCAAGAUCUCGGACAGGUACUACCUGCUGGCUGUGGACAAACAGUGGCAUCUGAGAUGCCUGAAGUGCUGUGAAUGUAAGCUGGCCCUCGAGUCCGAGCUCACCUGCUUUGCCAAGGACGGUAGCAUUUACUGCAAGGAGGAUUACUACAGAAGGUUCUCUGUGCAGAGAUGUGCCCGCUGCCACCUUGGCAUUUCCGCCUCGGAGAUGGUCAUGCGCGCCCGAGACUCUGUCUACCACCUGAGCUGCUUCACCUGCUCCACUUGCAACAAGACUCUGACCACGGGCGACCAUUUCGGCAUGAAGGACAGCCUGGUGUACUGCCGCGCCCACUUCGAGACCCUCUUGCAAGGAGAGUAUCCACCGCAGCUGAGCUACACGGAGCUGGCGGCCAAGAGCGGCGGCCUGGCCCUGCCUUACUUCAACGGUACGGGCACCGUGCAGAAGGGGCGGCCCCGGAAGCGGAAGAGCCCAGCGCUGGGAGUGGACAUCGUCAAUUACAACUCAGGUUGUAAUGAGAAUGAGGCAGACCACUUGGACCGGGACCAGCAGCCUUAUCCACCCUCGCAGAAGACCAAGCGCAUGCGAACUUCUUUCAAGCAUCACCAGCUCCGGACCAUGAAAUCCUACUUUGCCAUCAACCACAACCCGGAUGCCAAGGACCUCAAGCAGCUUGCCCAGAAAACAGGUCUGACCAAAAGAGUUUUGCAGGUUUGGUUCCAAAACGCACGAGCCAAAUUCAGAAGGAACCUUUUGCGGCAGGAGAAUGGGGGUGUUGAUAAAGCUGACGGCACGUCGCUUCCGGCCCCGCCCUCAGCAGACAGCGGAGCUCUCACUCCACCCGGCACUGCGACCACUUUAACAGACCUGACCAAUCCCACUAUCACUGUAGUGACAUCCGUGACCUCUAACAUGGACAGCCACGAAUCCGGAAGCCCCUCACAAACUACCUUAACGAACCUUUUCUAACAUUGGUUUUUUUUUUUUUUUAAAUUCUUCCUCUUCUUUUUUUUUUUAUUCUAAUUAUUAUUAUUUUAUUAUUUACAAGACUUUUUUUCCUUCUAACCCACAAGAUAUUUGGGGAAUAAAAAUAACAGCUUGGUGUGUAGCAUCUGCAGCCACUUGGCAAAUGAGUUUACAGUAUUGUCUCCUUUAAGUGAAUAUAUUUUGUCUACAAAGUGUAUUUGGAUUUAAAAAAAAUUAAUUAGAUCUUUCAGUUGGUAAGGAGAGUUUUUGAAUAAUUCUAAUAAGUGCCUCUUAAAAUUGUAUGUUACUUAUUUCCAGAAUCUCGAAGAAAAAAGAAAAAGAGUGGUAUUAUUAUGGGCAAAUAAUCAUAUUCCCAGUUAAAAUGAUUAGGUUAAUAAAGAACCAGAUAAUUAAUUAGUUUCUUUUUAAAUCUUGCAAUUGUAUGUGUGAUUAUGGAGUUUUGAAAACAUUACAUUUUUUAAAUCUUAAAACUGAAAACUUGUUUUUAGUAUUUCUAUUUCUUACCUGAACUGUUAAUUCAAGUGAGGAAUAUGAUGAAAUAAAAGCAUUAACUACAGACAUUUUAAAUAGUAAUGAUUAAUUAGGUGAGAAAUCUAUAACAGGAAUGUGACUUUUCCUUCUCUUAGGGGUGUACAACUCUAAAAACUUUUUACUUGGUUAUUUGUUUUUCAACAUUUGAAAAAUUCUUAAGCUCCCUAUGUAUCCAUGAAAAUUCCGCAUUGAUUUUGACAUUCCAUACUUUUAACCUCCUAAAGCUAAAAACAAUAGCUCGGAAACCAUUCUUUCUAGUUACUUUUUUUCCCAGGGAAAAUGGAAAUAAGCAAAAUAUAAUGUUUUAAGAAGUAAAAAAAUCAGUAUAAUUUAAUUAAUAGCUCUAUUAAUUGGCUUCAGCUGUACCAUGAUAUUGUAUCUGGCAUUCUAUACGAAUAAUGUUUAAAAUACCCAGCCUGGUAGACUUAUACCAACAAUUGGUUUUGUUUUGUUUUAUUUUAUUUUGACAUAGGUUGACUUAUGUAUUGGAAAUAAUUUUUCUGAUAUUAGAGAUUUGAAUUUAUUAGUCUUGAAGUAGAUAAACUCAGAAGCCUUGUGGAUGCUGAUCUGAAUAUAUUUCCUAGUUUACAGUAGCAUUUUUUUUCUUUUAAUUUAAGCUAAAAUCUUAAUGGUCUGGGCAGUGGUGAAUGUUCAUCUAUUACGCUUCUGUUGUAGUUAAAUACCAAUUAGAUUGUGGAUUUCCUAAAAAAAUAAAAAAGAAGUCAAGAUAUAUGUCUUGCUUUAGUGGAUUGUUAAGAAUAACUUUGCACAUAUUCUCCACUUUUUGGACCCCUUAAAUCUCCUUUGGUGGUCGAAGUGGCUAUUUAAUAGAUUUUAAAGGUGUCCUUCUGGCUGUAUAAAUGUGUGGUUACAUAUUGACAGUUCACUGCCCACAUUAAAGUGCAUUAUUGUAACUUUUGCUCAGGGUCUUUAGAAAAUUAGCACAGAAAGUAGCUUAUUUUUUAAAAAAAGUUGAUGGAAGAUAAGUUAACACUGUAACAGAAGAAAGGUGUGAUUGCCAUUAUAUAUUUAGCAAGUAUGGUUAUCAUCUUAUAUGGAGCUUAAAUCUUGACUUUUCAUAUUUCUAUUACAUUUUGGGCAUUUACCACUAACCAGACCAAACAACCUUGGUAAGGCUGAGAUCUUAUUAAUACACUUUUACAGGUAAAAUAUUGACACUUAUAAAUUUUGUUCUUUGACAGAACAAUAUAUGGUACUAUAUAGAUCUACUUUAUUAAGUAGACUAAUUAUAACUCAGUUCUCCUAUGUGCCUUAUGAUAUAACUUGGAAGUAAGUUUGUGAAAAAUCAGGAUAUAUGUGUUGUUUGUUAAAUUAACUGUUUUAAGCCCUUUUGACACCUCACUAGUUUUGUACUGUUUUACCUCUUAUUUCUGAAACUCUUUUUAUGGUGUAUCCUGUUAGAGGGGACAAACAUGUCAUAGAAAGCAGUUGUGCACUCUUUCAAACAUAGUUGAUAAAUUCAAUAAUCUUAUAUAUUGAGCUUCGUGUUUAUAGUACAGUAAGUGGUCUAGCAAAAUUGUCCAUGUUUCUUUGUUUAUUGAUAAAUGCAUUGUAUAGAAACUAUUUCCCCUAAAUAUUUAUGGACCAAACAAUUGUGAUAUAUCCUAUUAAAUUUGUGUGAAUAAACCAUUUUGAAUCUAAGGAGUUUUCUUUCCCAUCAAUUUUAUUUAAGUUUUAACUGUACUAGUGUGUUCCAGCAUCUAUAUGUAAACGCUAUUCAAAUGGUAAUACAACAUUUUUAGAAAUAUUUAAACAUACAAAUAGUUUUUAGAUUUCCAAACUUCUGAUUCAUAUGAAAUGUUACACAUUGUUGCACAUGCAAUGUAAUUCAACCUAGAAAUACCUUUGAAUAUAUUUGCUUAUAACAAAAGUAAUGCCCCACUGAUUUGACUCAGUCCAAUUUUUAGAAUAAAAAGGCUAAUUAGCAUAUAAAGUAAUUGCAUGGAAAGAAACCUUAAAUAUGAUUAAGAUUUCAUGUUAGGUCUAUUGAGCACAAAUGGAUAUUUGUAAAUCUAAAUAGAAAUUGCAGACCCCUAAAAGCCAAGUUGCUCUGUAGUUAAUAAAUUGUCACUAUGAUUUUUUUCAGGGAGAACAAAUCUUGGGGCAUUACAGCCAAACAUCCCGACGUUUGAAAAUUCCCUAAAGUAUUAAAAGAAGGGGAAAAGUUUGAUCGGAAAUCCACUGCAGUGAAGACAAAGACACUAUUAGGUUAUGAUAAUCAUACAUUAAAAAAUUUAUUAAGCCAAAAAAAAGAGAGAGAGAGAGACUUAAAUGUCAUUUACUGAAUGUUAACAAAACUUGUGUUCUUUAUGGUGUCUAACACAACUAAAGGCCUAAAAUUAUGUGGUUUAAACAAAAUUAGAUAAACCAUGUACAAAACCAGAGCAACCUGGCAGUAGUGUGCCCACCCCAUAUUUGAAAAAAAUUAUUAUUGAAAAAAAUUUCACACAUUUGUCAAGCACAAAUAGUUGUAAAAUAAAGUCCAAAACAUUCAUUUCA